ACUAUAAUAAAUGGUUAGAAUGUUUAGCGCCAUCUCCAACAAUCCAAAAGAGAUCGAGUUUGUAUUGGGCGAUCAUUUUUAGGACGAUUCAAACCUCAAUCUGCUUGUCUGUCAAAGGUUGCUGGGAAUUCCCAGUCCCCAAAAUAGAUCGGCAAACGAAAUACAAAAAUGUAUAUACUACUUAUGAUCAGUGCACCACUACAUCGAGAAGGCAAGGAGUAUACAUGUACAUGUUUACUAAUUUCAUAUAACCUAGGCCGAUACGUGUAGUUACGGAAAAAGAAAAUUCGAAUCAUGGCUGAUGCAUUAAAGAAUGUCAUUGCUCAGAGUUUAGAGUGUCCUGUAUGUCUGGAAACCUUCACCGAUCCCAAGAUCCUGUCUUGUUCUCACACCUACUGCAAGGCCUGCCUGGACAACCUCUUGGAAUGCCAUGGUAACGACCAGACGCUCCAAUGCCCUGUCUGCAGAGCUGAAACCCAGGUCCCAAACCAAGAAGUCAGCAAAUUACCAGCAAGUCUAGCUUUGAAGUCUCUCAUAGAGGACAUGAAGAAUCAAUCUCAGUUUUGCACGAAUUGUAAAUCCGAGGACAAGCCCCAAGCUGCUGUCUACUGUCAAGACUGUAGCAAGUAUUUCUGUAGCACUUGCCAUAACAAACACUCUCAGUGGCCAGACUUCAUCAGUCAUCAGGUCUUAGCCAUGAGUGAGAUCGUAUCAGACGAGGUGUCACUACGUAGAUACCGUAAAUGCAGGAAACACCCCAAAGAGGAUGAAGAGUGCUUCUGUUCCGACUGCAGAAGAUUUGCCUGCUUCAGGUGUGUUGUCAUGGAGCAUAAAGACGAAGGACAUCGGAUCAUUGAGGCAGCUGUUUAUAAAAGCCGCCAUUUGAAGAGUAUCGAGGACCUCAAAUCCAAGGCGGACAAGAAAUGCCUUUGCUUUCAGAAAUACGUUGAUUUCAUUAAUGAACAGAAGGAGCAUGUGAGCAAUGUUCAGAUGCAGUGUACACAUGAUAUCAACAAAGCAUUUGAAGAAUCAGUCCAGCAGUUGACAGAGAGGAAAGAACUCCUUAUUGUUGAAGUCAAGGGUAAGACCGAAGGAGUAGAGAAGGAACUGGACGAAAUGAAGAAUUCAGCUCAGGAGCACAUCACUCACUUGACCACCAUAGCUGACAUGGUAACCAACAGGACAAAGGUACCGUCAGAUAUGGAUGCUUUGGCUGCCCAUGACACUCUAUGUCAAGACUUACAGGAUGCUUUGAAACAAGAAGAUCCUGACUACAAGCAGCCAAUCCAAUCGAGCAGGAAGGGAAAAGGUGUCAGUUUUAAGGAGAACGUUGGAAUGAACGAGCUAACUCUUGGUAAGAUCGUAAAUGCAGUUGCAAAGAACAUCGCUUUGCCUACUAAAAAUAGCAUGGAUGCCAUGGUUAUUACACCAGACGGUAGGAUGGCAGUGGGAUGUCACACAGGUGGCGUGGAGAUCUUCUCUGCUGAUGGUCAGCACCAGCAGAAAGUUUUGAAGGAUGUUAAGAUUCGUGGAGUAGGGUUCCUCUCAGAUGAUCGGUAUGUUAUACUUGAUCACUCAAACAAUGUCACACUGUACACACUAGAGUACUCAAAGUUGAAUGUAAUGUUUGAGACUCUUAGUGACGGUGAAGGUGGAUUUGCUAAGCUCACUGUAGACGGGAAUGAUCAGAUCUAUGUAAGCUACUGGACAGCCAAGAAGAUCCAGGUAUUCUCACCAGCCGGUGGGAAGGCGAUCAGGGAGAUACCAUGUGAUAGGUAUAAACCUUUGGAAAUUAUUAGUUAUAAUGAUUAUUUGAUCACCGCAUCUGGUGAUAAAAUACGAUUGAUUGACAAACAAGGUGUUGUAAAAUAUGAAUUAAGGGGACUGGGUUAUUUCCCAUACGCCGCUGUGUCUCAAGGGAAUACAAUACUGAUAGCCAAGGUGAAACACGGUGUAGGUUUGGUCAGCAUUGAUGAGUACACUAACGAGCUGAAGCAUGUCCAGAACCUCGUCAUUGAUUACAAGAUUGAGAAGCCUGGGAGAAACUGGUACUAUCUCCAGCAGUACCGAUCAGGAGAGAUCGCUUUCUGCACUCCUGAUAGACUCUAUAUAUUCCACUGAAAAUAAUGGAUGACUCCCAUUUCUUGCACUGUAUGGUAUCACUAUAUCCAGGCCCGUAUGGUG